AUGGAAGCGUUGCUCUGCUCCGAGAUCCCCAUCAGAUCUUCCAUUAACGAUCUUUCUUCUUCGUCUUCUUCAUAUACAUGGCCGAUAAUCAUGGCCUCCUCUUCUUCAUUUCCCACACUCAUGGACAAAGACAACAUUCCUAGAUUCGACUGGGACCUCUCUCUCUCCGCCGUCGUCUCCUCCCCUUCCACCGGAUCCGACGCUAUCGGAGCAAUCGAGUUCGACCCGAGUGGAGAAAUCUUAGCUACCGGAGGGAUCGCAAGAAAAAUCAGAUCGUAUCGUUUAAGCUCUUUGCUAGAGUCGUCGUCACGUGAUGAUCACUUGAGCUGUAUCUGCACGCCGGCGAAGCUUAGCAGUCUAAAGUGGAGACCCGACUUAGCCGGUCGGGUUAUCGGGUCGGGCGAUUACGACGGAGUCGUCACCGAGUACGACGUGGAGAGAGGAGUGCCUGUUUUCGAGCGAGACGAGCAUGGAGGGAGACGGAUUUGGAGCGUGGACUACACGCUAUACAACGGAUCCGUUGUAGGCGCGUCGGGCUCCGACGACGGAACUGUUCAAAUGUGGGACCCGAGAAACGAGAGGUUAGAGGAAACGGUUAGGCCUCCUGGAGGUGGAGCACCGGCGGCGAUCUGUUCGGUUGAAUUUGAUCCGUUCGGUGGACCUUCCUUAGCCGUCGGAUGCGCUGACCGGAAUGCUUACGUGUACGACAUCAGAAGACUCGUUGACCCGGUCGUUGUAUUAGACGGUCAUACCAAAACGGUGACGUACGCUCGGUUCAUGGAUCAACACACGAUCGUCACGGGUUCGACCGACGGGAGCUUGAAGCUGUGGGAUAUAGCUAACGGAGGGCGCGUGGUUCGCACGUGCAGAGGGCAUGUCAAUAGCCGGAACUUUGUCGGGAUGUCGGUUUGGAGACAAGGUGGUUUGGUGGUGUCCGGGUCGGAGAAUGGUGAAGUGUUUGUGUAUGACAAGAGGUGGGGAGAACCGGUUUGGGUACGUGGGUUUAGUCAAUCGGACCGGUUAGGUUCUGACCGGCGGUUUGUGAGCAGUGUGUGUUGGAGACAAGUGGAUGAAGACUGGUGCACGCUUGUGGCCGGAGGAUCCGAUGGGGUUUUAGAGAUUUUCUCGGGCCAACGAAGCUAA